GAAAUGGCCUGAAUAAAAUAUCAUUUCCUCAUUUCAGGACACGCUAAUGAUUUCUUCUUGUCAGACAUUCAAAAUAAUGAUAAUUAAAUGCACUGUGUGAAACUUGUCUGGAUGCUGAUUCACACAAACAAAAAUAUUUGGGGAAUACCAAACACAGACUGAGUAUAAAUUAUAACCAGGAAUUACUGCUAAAUUUGUUGAUUGUGAUAGCAUAUAAUGUAUAUUUUUAAGUCCUUAUCUAUUAGAGAUACUUAGUGAAGUAUUUAGAUGUAAAAAUACAUGACGUCUGGAAUUUGCUUUAAAAUACUCCAGAUGUAUUUAUGAAUUACUUAUUCAAAGAGAAAAAAAAUUACUGAAAAAAAUUCAUAGAGACACAUGGUGGCGCUGCAGGAUAGGAUGAAAACUGCUUCUAUGACACUGUGGGCUCCAUUAUUAAGGGGAACAGAAAACAUCUAACCGACAGAGAAGAGAGCUUCACCUACAGAAUGUAACCUUCCAGGAGUUUCCAACUUAAAAAAAAAAUCAGAGCUUCAGCUUGCAAAUUAGAGCGGAACUUAAACUUUUCCACAAAAGAGGUUUCCUGAAAGAACCAUGGAGAUCAGAGAGGCAUUCGUUCUAUGGAAAAGGCAAGUCCUGAUUCUCUUUGUUUUGCUGGGAUUGUCUCAGGCGGGUCCUGAGUUAGUGCGCUAUUCUGUAGCAGAGGAAACAGAAAUUGGCUAUUUUGUGGCCAAUUUGGCAAGGGAUCUGGGGCUUGAGGUGGAGGAGCUCUCCUCACGGGAGGCCAGGGUAGUAUCUGAUGAUAAUGAAAAGCAUUUGCACCUCGAUUUGCUAACUGGGGAUUUGCUCCUAAGUGGGAAAGUGGACCGGGAAGAGCUGUGUGGCUCCAAGGAGCCCUGUGUGCUACAUUUUCAGAUGGUACUGGAAAACCCUUUACAGUUUUUUCGGGCUGAGUUGCAUAUCAAAGAUAUAAAUGAUCACUCCCCUACGUUUCUUGACAAGGAAAUACUUAUUAAAAUAUCAGAAAGUACCACUACUGGAACCACAUUCCAAAUGGAGAGUGCCCAAGAUUUGGAUGUAGGAAGCAAUGGUCUCCAAAACUACACAAUUGUCCCUAAUUCUCAUUUCUACAUUAAAAUUCGAGACAAUGAAGAUGGAAAGAUAUACCCAGAACUGGUCCUGCACAGAGCAUUAGAUCAUGAGGAGGAGCCUGAGCUCAGAUUAACACUUGUAGCACUGGAUGGUGGAUCCCCACCCAGGUCUGGGACAACUUUGGUUCUCAUCAAAGUCUUGGACAUCAAUGACAAUGCCCCAGAGUUUCCUCAGAGACUCUAUGAGGUGCAGGUCCUGGAGGACACACCUGUUGGCUCUUGGAUUAUCACCACCUCUGCUAAGGAUUUGGAUGCAGGAAAUUAUGGGAAAAUAUCUUACACAUUUGUGCAUGCAGCAGAAGAUAUUCGUAAAACAUUUGAAAUCAAUCCAGUAUCUGGGGAAGUUCAUUUGAGAUCACGCCUGGAUUUUGAAGUAAUACAGUCCUACACGAUAAAAAUACAGGCAACAGAUGGCGGGGGUCUUUCGGAAGAAUGCACUCUUCUGGUUACAGUAAUAGAUAUAAAUGACAAUCCACCAGAAGUGAUCAUGUCAUCAAUUACAAAAAUAAUUCCAGAGAACGCCUCAGAGAUCCUUGUGGCUCUUUUUAGUGUCCGAGACCAAGAUGCUGGUGAAAAUGGAAGGAUCGUUUGCUCUAUUCAAGAUGACCUCCCUUUUUUUCUGAAACCGACCUUCAAGAACUUUUACACUCUAGUUUCAGAAAAAGCACUAGACAGAGAGGAAAAAGCUGAGUACAACAUCAUCAUCACCGUCACAGACAUGGGGACACCAAGGCUGAAAACGGAGCACAACAUAACCGUGCUGGUGUCCGACAUCCCGAACCCUGCAGCCCAAGACACCGGUAGGCAUACAGGGGAAAAAGAGAACUUUAGGAUUAGCUUUGGAUUCAAUGAUAAAUAAAAUAAUUUAUUUUGAACUUAUAAUCUUUGUUACUCUUGGCAAACUGCAGAUCUUUUUUGUCAGUCUGUAAUAGGUCUUAGGUUGUACUGUAGUUGCAUAUAUUAUCAUUUAUCAUGUUCCCUCACAGUUGCUUUAACAAUCUUUAUUGGUGGCUAUAAUGACAUGGGGAAAUCACCUAUCUUCUACUUUUUCACUUAUUUGGUCAAAAUAUUAUAUUAAUAGGGGUAUUACUAAUAUUUGUGUGAUUUUUUGGCGGCAUUGUUAUGCAAAACGAUGUUAUUAUUUGGAGGUACAAACUGAAGUAGUAAGAGGGAAUGCCACAGUAUGUGUAAUUCACUUAUAGACAUUUCAUCAAAGCAUAGAUAAAGCAAAAUUAAGAAUGCUGUUGAAUCUGGGUGUAAAGUAUAUUGGAUUUUUUGCAUUCUUUUUUAUUGAAGUAUAGUCAGUUUACAAUGAUGUGUCAGUUUCUGGUGUACAGCAUAAUGUUUCUACCAUAUAUAUACACAUAUAUUAGUUUAAAGUAUAAUGACUUUUAUUGCACUAUUACCUUUGAAAAUUUUCAUCAUAAAGGAUAAAAGUGCUACCUCUCCAUAUUCAGUAGUAGGGUACCUUAUUUGCUUUUUGUUACAUAAUGGUUUUUCAAGAAUUCACUUUAUGACAAAAUAAAAAUGACCCCCAUUGAAAAUUA